GUUUGAUCAACUACGAGGAGCAACCGUGUUUUCGAAGAUUGACUUAAGGUCGGGGUACCAUCAAUUGAAGAUUAAGGAAGAUGACAUACCAAAGAGUGCUUUCCGCACAAGGUAUGGGCAUUUUGAGUUCCUUGUUAUGUCGUUUGGGUUAACAAACGCCCCGGCGGCAUUCAUGGACUUGAUGAACCGAGUAUUCCAUAAAUACUUGGAUCGAUUCGUGAUUGUGUUCAUAGAUGACAUCUUGAUUUACUCAAAGAGUGAAGAAGAGCAUGAGGAGCACUUGAUACUUGUUCUUGAAACACUACGGGAGAAGCGACUCUAUGCCAAAUUUUCUAAAUGUGAAUUUUGGCUAAAGGAGAUUGGCUUCCUCGGGCACGUGGUUUCGGGAUCGGGGAUUGCUGUUGAUAACAAGAAGAUAGAAGCCAUUACUGAAUGGGAGAGGCCAAAGAACGUCAAGGAAAUUCGUAGUUUCCUUGGAUUGGCAGGCUACUAUAGAAAGUUCGUGGAGAAGUUCUCUGUUUUGGCAUCGCCAUUGACGAAGCUCACUCGUAAAGGAGCUAAGUUUGUAUGGGAUGACAAAUGUGAGAAAGGGUUCAUGGAACUAAAGAAGAGAUUGACUGAGGCACCGGUACUUGCAUUACCCAAACAAGGUGUGGGGUACGAUGUCUAUAGCGAUGCGAGCAUCCAAGGGCUCGGAUGUGUACUGAUGCAGAAUGGGAGGGUAAUCGCCUAUGCUUCACGACAAUUGAAGAAGCAUGAGGUGAAUUAUCCUACUCAUGAUUUGGAGCUCGGGGCAGUGGUAUUUGCACUGAAGAUAUGGAGACAUUAUCUCUACGGGGAGACAUGUCACAUAUACACUGAUCACAAGAGCUUGAAGUACGUGUUUACUCAGAAAGAGCUAAACAUGAGACAGAGACGGUGGAUGGAGCUGAUAAAAGACUACCAUCUAGUGAUAGAGUAUCACCCAGGCAAGGCAAACGUGGUGGCAGAUGCUUUGAGCCGGAAGAGCUCGUCUGGGGCAUUGAUAACUAAUUUGAGGGCAUUAAGAGCCCAACUGGAGGUAACCAGCGAUGGUGCCUUAUUGGCACGAUUUGAGGUGAGACCCACUUUACUUGAUGAGAUCAAGAAGGGUCAGGAAGCCGACGAAGAACUUAUGAAGGUCCGGGAACGCAUGCAAGCGGGGCCGAUGGAGGAUUUCAGGGAAAGAGAUGAUGGUCUCUUGUUAUUUCGUGAUCGAGUGUGUGUACCGUCAGAUGAUGAGCUACGAAAGUCCAUCUUAGAGGAGGCUCAUUCAUCGGCUUAUGCCAUGCACCCGGGGGGCACGAAAAUGUACCGUGAUUUGAAGGAAAGUUACUGGUGGUCUGGAAUGAAGAGGGAAAUAGCCGAGUACAUCAGUCGGUGCCUUACUUGUCAACAAGUUAAGGCAGAACAUCAGCACCCAGCAGGCUUAUUGCAACCACUCUCCAUCCCUGAAUGGAAGUGGGAGCACGUGACUAUGGAUUUCGUGGUAGGCUUACCACGGACUAUCAGGAACUAUGACGCGGUUUGGGUCGUUGUGGAUAGGCUCACAAAGAGUGCACACUUCUUGCCUAUCAACACUACCUACCCACUUGAGAGGUUAGCCAAAUUGUAUACGGAUGAGAUCGUGAGGCUGCAUGGGGUCCCGGUGACCAUUGUAUCUGAUAGAGACCCACGAUUCACAUCACGUUUUUGGCCGAAAUUCCAGGAGUCUAUGGGAACGAAGUUGAAGUUCAGCACUGCUUUCCAUCCACAGACGGAUGGGCAGUCUGAAAGGGUUAUACAGAUCCUAGAAGACAUGCUGAGGGCUUGUGCAUUGGAGUUCCAGGGGAGUUGGGACAACCACUUAGCACUUGUGGAGUUUGCCUAUAACAACAGUUAUCAGGCAAGCAUCGGCAUGCCUCCAUACGAGGCACUGUAUGGGAGGAGGUGUCGUACACCGUUAUGCUGGGACGAGGUUGGCAUGGCCAAACUCGAGGGUACUGAGUUGGUGGAGGUCACCAAAUCAAAGGUGAAGUUAAUUCGAGAGAGGCUUAAAACGGCACAAGACAGACAGAAGAGCUACGCCGAUAGACGUCGGAGAACCUUAGAGUUUAAGGUUGAUGACGAGGUGUUUCUUAAAGUUUCUCCUUGGAAAGGGAUCAUCCGGUUCCAGAGCCGAGGGAAGCUUAACCCACGCUACAUAGGGCCAUUCAGAAUUCUAGAGAGAAUUGGGGCCGUGGCGUAUCGUCUACAGUUGACUCCCGAGUUGGAGAAGAUUCAUAAUGUGUUUCACGUAUCCAUGCUUAAGAAGUAUGUGCAUGAUCCUUCUCAUGUGUUGGAGAAGCCGCCCGUGGAGGUACGUGAAGAUUUGAACUAUGCCGUGCAACCGGUAAGAGUUAUUGACAGAAAAGUGAAGAAACUGAGGAGUAAAGAAGUUCCAAUGGUUAAAGUCCUUUGGAAGAGUGACCGGGUCGAAGAAGAGACUUGGGAAACGGAGGCUCUGAUGAGGAAGCAAUAUGCAUUCCUAUUCGAGUAACGUUGUGAAUUUCGGGGACGAAAUUCCUAUUAAGGGGGGGUGAACUUGUGACACCGCACCCGUGUGUACCCGAAUUUACUAUUCAAAAGUUUCGUAAUUGAUGUUUUGAACUUGUUAUUACCAGCCGUGUGUAACACGUGUGUUAUCUUAUGUAACUCAUGCUUGACAUUGUGUGAAACGAGUAGUGUUUGAUGUAACUUGUGUUUGUUAACCUAUCUUUGAGAUCCGUGUUUCGUGAGUGAGUUUCCAAAUACCGAUGUGGGCCAUCUUGGUUAGUAUAAAUGCCCGAUAUUAUAUGGAGAGAAAUCGCAUUACGAAGGCACAAAUAAUAACACUCAAUUUUACUCCGUAAGGAAUUAUCGGUAAGGAUUUUCCUUCCGGGCUGACUUGGACCGAAGGGGGUGCGUACCACACCUCCUUGGCACUUACAAGACAAAGAGAAUAUGGUAUUUUGACUUUUGGGGCGGACCAUGAUGGGGUGGGUUUGUGUAGAGAAUAAAAUGAUAAGGAUUGGACCCCAUUUGUACUUGAUUGUGACACUUGGUGGAGGAUAACCCACAUCCCAUUCUUUCCACUCCACACAAGGGGAAUAACCUUUUGGGAGGCCUAAGGGGCACCCUUAGUACCCCCCAUUAGAAUUUACUUGGCUUCUAAGAGAAGAGAACCGAUCAGAACAGAGAAAGAGAGAAAGGAGAGAGCAGUUCGCAGUUUUCGUCACUGUGCGUAGGGGUUGAUUGUUCAGCCCAUAUCUUGAGCUUCACUCGUCCAAAUCAGGCGUGUGAGGUGUCCAGAGAAAGAUCUUAAAACAAGGAUUCUGGAAUGGUGUAGAUCGCGACGAUCGGAGUUGAGGAAGGCUUCCAAAUCUGCGUUGGAAAGUACGACCCUGCAGCAGGGUUUCUUCUUCUCUAGAGGAAGUGAACUUGCCGGGGAACACCUCUUCAAGAGGACUGUUUAGUUUCGUGGCAGGAGGGUGGAGCCAGCUGCUGAGAGCCGGCUGCUGAGCCAGCUGCUGAGAGAAGGCUGCUGCCCACUCAUUUUUUAACGCAAGGAGUUAGCUCGCAACCUUCCUUGGCCGAGCCUUGGUCGUUGGAGCGUGAAAGGAAGUCUAAAGCUCUUUAAGGUGAGGAUUGACAUCUAAUUGCUUACAACUUGUAGGUUAAGCAUGAGAUUACCUAAAUGCUUAAAUCAUGAUUUUUCAUGGAUUAUGAUGAUUAUAUAUUGAUGAAAUAUUGAUAUAGUUGCCAAGGAAUGAAAUUUGAAAUGAUUUGAGAAGGUAUGAAUAAUGUGAGAUUAAAUGAGUAUAAAUGAACUAUUUUGUGAAAAUGGGCAUUUUGCUCAUGUAUGAAUUAUGUGGAUACAUAAAUGAAUAUUUGUGUAUUGAGAUUGAAUACUUAAGUUGCUGCUACACAAUUAUAAAUAUGUAGAGAAUUACAAAUAAUGAGGAUAAUGGUAUGAUAACAAUAAUCUUAAUAGUAUUGAAAUACUAGUUAGUGAUUAUUGGAACUUGUUGAUUAAAUUGAUCCUAGGGAUUGGAUUGUAUGAAAGGUACUUGAAUAUAGUUCAAGUGUAUAUAAUAACUUAGUUUGGAACUAAGGUUAAGUUAUGGGAAGUCUUUAAGGAUGACCCAAAGUAGUUUAAUGAUAUGUCAAUUCUAGGCAUAGGGUUGCUUGAGAAUUGGACCUUAACGCAUGGUGAUGUAAUAGAGCCGAGCUCUAGAAUGCAUGUAAGGUGUAGACUUGGAGUCUAUGUAUUGUAUAGCUAGAGCCGAGCUCUAGGACUUGCGUGGUGAUGUAAUAGAGCCGAGCUCUAGAACGCAAGGUAAGGAAAUUGACCCGAGGUAUAUGAAUUGUAUGGUGAUGUAGUAGAGCCGAGCUCUAGAAUACAAUGUCAUGUACUAGGGUUGGACUCUAGGAGUUGUCGUGGCUUAUAGCCACGGGGUUGGGAAUGGUGAUUUCCAAAUGAAAACGGGCCCACGGGCCGACUACUUGACUUUUAUAUAAAGUAAGUAUAUUUUUAAACGGGGUAACUUAGGGUUACAAUCAUAAUGUACUAUCACCCUACUUGAGGGUCUUGUGUUUGAAAUACUUGUUGUAUAUCUAUUAGAUGCCUGCCACACCAGUACUUUAUAGCCGUAUAGAGUACUGACCCCUUCGGGGGCGUCCCACCACCAUUUCAGGUUGAGGCUAGAGCUUGCUUCCUGUGCUCGUUGAUCGAGUGAUUCCUUGGAGAGAAGACUUGGUUCGUGCUUCCUCCAUUCUGUUUUUUUUAAAUAAUAUUAAACUUGCUCAUGGAUAUUUUAGUAUGGAGCCUGCGUGCUCAUGAAUAGCCCUGUGUGGCCCUUUUGUUUUAAACAAUGUUUUCCGCUGCUUUAUGAAUUACUUAUUAUGUUGUUUAUGGAUGACUUAUGUGUGAAUGAUAUUCAUGACGCCUUGUAUAAUAUG